AUGUCGCUCGCUCAGCAUGUCACCCAGGCCGAAGGCUUCGACUACGAGCGUCCUCCACAACAGGUCGAUGGCAAUGACAACGACGAGGCUGUCCCCGGCACAGGUCAGCCCGGAACGACCGAGAUCAGCCAUGAGGAUCCUCAAUGGCGUCAAUUGAACUUUGCGCCAGUUGAAACCGUUCACGCCGAGAAGCCUCUCGCAGCGUACAAGGUCUCGAACGCAAAGAGAUGGGUGCAAGUAGUUACCGGAAUAGUGGCCUGUUGGCUGGCUGCAGGCAUCGUCUUUGGGUUCGCCGCUCUAAAGCCGGUUCUCGUCUCGGAAGGGGUCUACAGCGACCUGUGCGAUGCCAAUGACCCGAGCUCGGUCGAAGACGGCGAGUACAUACCUUGCAUCGAACAAGACCUGCGCCUGAACCUGUUCUUCAUCGCCGCGUCCGUCACCACCAACGUUUCCUCUCUGCUGGCUGGCUCCGUCCUCGAUCGCUAUGGCAGGCGGGUAUGCUGGAUUGUGUCGUCCAUCUGCCUCAUUGUCGGCUGCGUUCUGAUGGCUGCCUCGCACAACUUCACCAGCUUUGACGGCUACUUCCUUGGAAACAUCUUCCUGGCGUUGGGCGGCACCUUUGUGUUUGUUUCCAGCUUCCAGCUCGCCAACGCCUUUCCCAAGUACAGCGGACUCAUCAUCGCACUGGUCACGGGCGCAUUCGACGCGUCCGCCGCCGUCUUUCUCAUCUAUCGGAUGGUCUACGAAGCGACGGACGGCAAACUCUCACUCGAGAAGUUCUUCUAUGCGUACAUCUCCAUUCCCGUUCUGAUCCUCAUCGCAGAGGUCAUGUACAUGCCGGUCCGCUCUUAUCACACCAUGCCUCAGCUAGAACAGAAGAUCGAAAAGGCCCAGGACGAGUCGCGUGACGUUCACGAAUCGGACGAGGAGAUUGAUGAUGCCAGGCAGCUUCGCAAGGUACGAAGCGCUCGCGCCGACCGCCGGUUGUCCAAGCUAGACCAGAUCGAAGAGGUUGCCGGUGACGCCGAGCAACGUGAGGAGCGCGUCAAAAUCAGCGAAGAGCGCCAGGAAGCGAGCGGCGUAUGGGGCGUCCUCCACGGUGUUCCUGCUCAUCGGCAGAUCCAGAGUCCAUGGUUCACUCUCAUUCUGGCUCUUACUAUCGUCCAGAUGCUGAGGAUGAACUAUUUCAUUGCAACGAUCCGGGCCCAGUACCGGUACAUGCUGGGCUCGGAGGCCGAGGCCGAUGCUAUCAACCGAUUCUUCGACGCUGCUCUGCCGAUUGGCGGCCUGGUGUCGACUCCAUUCAUUGGCAUACUGCUCAACAAUCUCAGCGUUCCCACAACGUUCGGCGUCUUGACUGUCCUGAUUGUUGCCAUUGGUGUUUUCAAUUGUCUGCCUUUUGGCUGGGCUGGAUACACCACUGUCAUCCUCUUUGUCAUCUUCAGGCCUCUCUACUAUUCCGCCAUCUCGGAUUAUGCAACGAAAGUCUUUGGGUUUGCGACUUUUGGACGGAUAUACGGCACUAUAGUUUGUGUGUCCGGCAUAAUCAAUUUCGCACAGUCCGGCCUCGAUGCUCUUACUCACGGUCCUUUACAUGGCGACCCAACACCAGUCAACGUCACACUCGGAUGUGCAGGUGCCAUAGUUGGAGUCGCCCUCACGGUGUUUGUUUCCAUCAAGGGCCGCAUAUUUGUGAAGGAGGAGAAGCCCGCAUUGGACGCCGUGGAAGAAAGGCAGAGACUCCUAUCGUCCGCAGAAGGAGACUAUGGCAGUCGAGAGUAA